CAUCAAUCAUCCUCGCCAUUGCCAGCCUUUUCACCAAUGUCGUACUUUGUGGAACGCUCCGGCAGUCAGCUGCUCCAGGGUGGCCGGCCCUUCUACUUCUUGGGUUGUAACGCUUACUGGCUGGCUGAAGACGCGCUGGUUCCGGAGCGACGAGAUCGAGUGGACCGAGCCCUGCAGCUGGCACAGGAACUUGGCCUACGUGUAGUCCGGCUGUGGGCCUUCAGCCACCAGCUGCCCGCCUUGGGCCUAGAUGGCACCGGACUUGUUUGGGCAGAGGACAAGUUCGUGGCGCUGGACUACAUUGUACGACAUGCCGAGCUGUACGGCAUACGACUGGUGCUGGCGCUGGGGAACUUAUGGCCGGCGUAUGUGGCGCCGGAGCUGUUUCUUCGGGCUGCCAACUUAACAGGUCGAAAGAGCGGGGCCCUAACGGUGGCGGACUUUUACCGCGACCCGGGGGCCCGGGAGAUGUUCAAGCGCCACAUCGCGGCGGUCACCUCCCGGAUCAAUGUGUUCUCGGGGGUGGCCUACAGGGACUCGCCUGUCAUCAUGAUGUGGGAUGUGAUGAACGAACCUAGGUGUCCGGGCUGCAACUCGACGGAGCUGUCCGCCUACCGUUCCUGGCUGUACGACAUGGCGUCGUACACCAAGGCGGCAGCACCCCGCCAGCUGGUCGCCAUGGGCACGGAGGGCUUCUUCGGGAACCAUCCGUACGGCAACCUACCGUCGUACGUUUCAUUCAACCCCGGUAAGGUGUCAAGAUUAAAGAUGGAGUUAGGGUUCCCCACCCUCUUCUUUCUAACCUUCCGGCCGGUGUGCCCCGAAAUGGAUGAAGAUGCUCUGCCGAAGUAG